CCAUUCCUCUGACAGGACGCAUGUGUCAUAGCUGAGGGAGUUUUAUGCAUAGCCUACAGGAACUUGUUGUGCGCUGGCAUACGACUGCGUAAACGAUACCUGAAUCUGUUGUGUUUUGAAUUCUGACAGGACUCCGCAUGGAGCCCACAACUCUACAGAAAGCUAUUGCUGUAGCACAGAAGGCUUCAGUGGAAGACCAGGAUGGAAACUAUGAAGAGGCAAUCCGCUCUUACCAACAUGCUGUCAAGUACUUUCUGCACAUUGUAAAACGUGAACCCCAGGGUAAAGAAGGCAACCAAAAGAUCAGAGAUAAAUGUAAACAGUACCUGGACCGAGUGGAAGAACUACAGGAGUAUCUAGUGUAUAAAGAGAAAGCCAUUGAUCUUGCCAGCAAGGCUGCUCAGGAGGAUAAAGCUCAGAAAUAUGAGGAGGCUCUGCGACUUUACCAGGCUGCUGUUCAGUACUUCCUCCAUGUGGUGAAAUAUGAAGCCCAGAGUGACAAAGCUAAACAGAGCAUCCGGGCAAAAUGUGCCGAAUAUUUGGACAGAGCAGAAAAGUUGAAGGAGUAUCUAAAGAAGAAAGAAAAUGCUCCCCCUGCAAAGCCUGUCAAAGAGUCCCAGUCUGAUGACAAAGGGAAUGAAAGCGAUGAAGGGGACGAUCCAGAGAAAAAGAAGUUCCAAAAUCAGCUCUCAGGUGCAAUUGUUAUGGAGAAACCAAACAUCAAAUGGAAUGAUGUUGCUGGACUAGAGGGUGCCAAGGAGGCACUGAAAGAAGCUGUUAUUCUUCCGAUCAAAUUCCCCCACCUUUUCACAGGAAAGAGAACACCAUGGAGGGGGAUCCUUCUCUUUGGACCUCCAGGUACAGGAAAGUCCUAUCUGGCUAAAGCUGUUGCCACGGAGGCCAACAACUCAACCUUCUUCUCCAUCUCCUCGUCUGAUCUUGUCUCCAAAUGGCUGGGAGAGAGUGAAAAGUUAGUGAAGAAUCUGUUCACCCUUGCAAGGGAACACAAGCCUUCUAUUAUCUUCAUUGAUGAGAUUGACUCCCUGUGUGGCUCAAGAAGUGAAAACGAGAGCGAGGCUGCUCGCCGUAUUAAGACAGAGUUCCUGGUUCAGAUGCAGGGUGUGGGGACUGACAACGACGGAGUGCUGGUACUUGGAGCAACAAACAUCCCAUGGACCCUGGACUCAGCCAUCAGAAGAAGAUUUGAGAAGAGAAUCUACAUCCCGCUGCCUGAGGAGCACGCCCGCUCAUUCAUGUUCAAGCUCCAUCUGGGCUCGACCCCCAACUGUCUCAACGAAACCGACUUUGUCACUCUGGGCAAGAAGACGAAUGGAUACUCAGGAGCUGAUAUCAGUGUCAUUGUCAGAGAUGCUCUCAUGCAGCCUGUUCGAAAGGUCCAGUCAGCAACCCACUUCAAACGGGCACGAGGUCCAUCAAGAGAUGACCCCAACAUGUUAGUAGAUGACCUCUUGACUCCUUGCUCACCUGGCGAUCCCAGCGCGAUUGAAAUGACAUGGAUGGAGGUACCUGGGGAGAAGCUAUUGGAACCUAUAGUAUGCAUGUCUGACAUGUUGAGGUCUCUGGCCAGCACAAAGCCAACAGUCAAUGAUCAAGAUCUGGGCAAACUGAAAAAAUUCACAGAGGACUUUGGACAGGAAGGCUAGGAGGGAUAAUUAAGCCAUACCAAAGCAAAGGAAUUGUCAUUGUCUCUUCUUUUUGUACCUGUCCCUUUUUCCCCUCUAUGUGUCUCAUCAUAACCAUUCACCAGGCUUCGUGGUUUAUCGUAAAUGGACAAGAUCACUGCGCUGUUCUGCCAAUUUGAUAACCACUAAAAGAGUGGAAGGACUGAGUUUUAUUUCAUAUCAA